AUGACAAAAUGUAGGCAAGCAAUAAAUGAAAUUAGCUCUAUUACAGUGGGGGAGGUGGUGAUUGAAGAUCCUAGGCAUGUGAAGGCUAAGGUACUUGAGCAUUUUACUAACCAGUAUUCAGAACAUUGGGCAUCAAGACCUCAAUUAGGAGGGCCUUUCAAAUCAGUGGAAGGAACCAUGGAGUAUGAUUUUCUGGAAAAAGAGUUCACAGAAGUUGAAAUAAAAGAAUGGAGAUUGUUGAAGGGAAUCAAUAGCUCUUUCAUAACUCUUAUACCUAAGAAGGAUAACCCAAUAGGGCUAUCUGAUUAUAGGCCUAUAAGUUUGGUGGAGUCAAUUUAUAAGAUCAUAGCCAAAUUAUUGGCAAAUAGAUUGAAAGUAGUAUUGCCUCACAUAAUCAGUGAAACACAAUUAGCAUUUAUAAAUGGAAGGAGCAUACUAGAUGGUGUGUUAAUUGCUAAUGAGGUUGUUGAUGGGUGGAAGUUAACUGAGAAGAAAAGGGUGGUCUUAAAAUUAGAUUUUGAAAAUCCAUAUGAUUUCAUUAAUUGGGGCUACUUAUUCUUUAUGUUAUCAAAGUUUGGGUUUGGCUCUAAAUGGUCUAGUUGGAUUAAGGAGUGUGUCUCAAUUGCAAGGAUAUCAGUGCCUGUCAAUGGAUCACCAACUGAAGAAUUCAGUCCACAAAGGGGGCUAAGGCAAGGGGACCCUUUCUCCCUUUUCUUGUUCAAUAUAGUAAUUGAAGGACUCCAUAUUCUUUUAACCAGAGCUCAGGAUCUUGGACUGAUUAAUGGAGUGAAGGUAGGUUUAAAUGGUGUUGUGCUUUCCCAUCUCCAUUUUACAGAUGACUCAUUGUUAUUUUGUGAAGCAAAGGAGGCAGAGGUGAGAAACUUGAAAAGAGUGCUAAGAUGCUUUGAGAUCAUGUCAGAACUUAAGAGGAAGAUUCAUAUGAUCAAAUGGGAUGAACUAUCUAAAAGGGUGGAUCAAGGAGCGCUAGGCAUCAGGAAAGUUAAGGAAGUGAAUAAUUGCUUGUUAAUUAAAUGGUGGUGGAGGUUUGGUUAUGAAGAUGAAGCUUUGUGGAAGAGAGUGAUCUGUAGCAAAUACAAGUUAGAGGUUGGGGAUGGUAGAAGGAUCAAUUUGUGGACUGAUAUUUGGUGUCAGGCAGCAAGUUUCAAGGAUAUGUUCCCAAGUCUUUAUAGGCUGUCCAUGGAAAAGAGUGUAUCAUUAAGAAUAAUCUAUGAUAGAAAAGCUUUGUCUGGAGAAUGGAAUCUUGCAUUCAGAAGAAAAUUAUAUGAUUGGAAGGAGGGUGCUAUACCAAGUUCGGUGGAUCAUCUAUUGGUUUGGUGGGCUGGACAGAUGAUGAAAAAGAUGGAGAGGAAGAUCUGGAGUGCUAUUCCAUUAGUUGUACUAUGGUCUAUCUGGAAGCAUCGAAAUGAAUGUGUGUUCAGAGCUGCUAUUCCAAAUCUGAGUGAGCUAUUUGAGUGGAACAUAUCAGAUUGGAACAUACUGGUUGAGAAUGGUUUUGAUAUACUGCUAAUGGUUGCUGUUUUUGAUGCUGCUAAUGGUUGCUGCUGCAGUGCUAGUCUUGGUAUUGGGCUGAUGCUUGAUGCUGUAGUUUUGUUGCUGCUGUAG